AUGGCGACCGAGGAGAAGAAGCCAGAGACUGAAGCAUCUAAAACACAAUCCACUCCUUCAUCCUCCACAAACCAGAGCAAGCCAGCACCAGUAAAACCUAAUUAUACUCUAAAGUUCACAUUAGCUGGGCAUACCAAGGCUGUGUCUUCUGUCAAGUUCAGCCCUAAUGGGGAGUGGCUGGCAAGCUCAUCGGCCGAUAAACUAAUCAAGAUAUGGGGUGCAUAUGAUGGCAAGUUUGAGAAGACUAUUUCAGGGCAUAAGCUGGGUAUAUCAGAUGUCGCCUGGUCUUCAGAUUCCAAUCUUCUGGUUUCUGCUUCAGAUGACAAAACUCUAAAAAUCUGGGAUGUCAGCUCGGGAAAAUGUCUGAAGACCCUAAAGGGCCACAGCAACUAUGUCUUCUGCUGCAAUUUCAACCCACAGUCCAACCUCAUAGUGUCUGGUUCUUUUGACGAGAGUGUCCGGAUAUGGGAUGUGAAGACUGGAAAGUGCCUGAAGACUUUGCCUGCCCACUCCGACCCUGUCUCUGCUGUGCACUUCAAUCGCGAUGGUUCCCUCAUUGUGUCUAGUAGUUACGAUGGACUCUGUCGAAUUUGGGAUACGGCUUCUGGGCAAUGCUUAAAAACACUCAUUGAUGAUGAUAACCCUCCAGUGUCUUUUGUGAAGUUCUCUCCAAAUGGCAAAUAUAUCCUAGCAGCCACUUUAGACAACACUCUUAAGUUAUGGGACUACAGCAAAGGGAAGUGCCUCAAAACCUACACAUGUCACAAGAAUGAGAAAUAUUGCAUAUUCGCCAAUUUCUCUGUCACAGGAGGCAAGUGGAUUGUAUCCGGCUCCGAGGAUAAUUUGGUGUAUAUCUGGAACCUUCAGACCAAGGAAGUUGUGCAGAAACUACAGGGUCAUACAGAUGUCGUCAUUUCAACAGCCUGUCACCCUACAGAAAACAUCAUUGCUUCGGCUGCACUAGAGAACGACAAGACCAUCAAAUUGUGGAAGAGCGAUUGUUAA